ACCAAAAUGUUUCAUCAAAAUAUCCUAUAAUCACACUCCAAAUAUAAAUUCCCUUUAAAGCUAAAACGUUUCAACAACAACAACAACAUCGUCCAUGAAUAUGCCGAUCACAGUCACAACAGCAAAAACACCUAACGUCUUAUCACUCCAGCAACCACCAUUACCACCGCGAUCUUAUGCUUAUCCCCAUUUAAAUUUGGCUCGCCGGGGGCUCAACACGUGUCAUCCAGGUGGCAAGGCCGUUUGUGCUGCAUUUGAUCAUCACGGCUACGACGGCAAGCUUGUGGACCAGGACAUGAUUGUUCUGAGAAAGCGAAUUCACGAGGUGAAGAACGAAGUCGAUGAUGACGGUGAAGAUGUUGGAAAUGACGUGGCGUCGUCUGAUUGGAUGGAGUGGGAGAAGGAGUAUUAUGCGAAGAAUUACGGUGCGGAUGUAUGUCAAGCUGUGGGAAUGUUGCAAUCUCAGUUAAUGAAUACAAGGCCGAGCUUGUCUCUUGUGAUGUUUGGUGUCGUUUCGCUCAGUGUUCCUAUCUCUAUGGGUGUCGUUUUGUUGCGUUUGUUGGAUGCGGCCAAGGAUAUCUUUCUCGGCUUCUCUUAAUUAGCUUUUUAAAAAACAGCCGACUUCUAAUUAUGAAUUAGUACUGACAUUUUCUUUUUCUUUGGAAAUACAUAUAGCUGUAUAGUAAUAUAGGAUACUUUGAUAUUACGGUAUUUUACAAUUUAUUACUAAAUAAGAAUCUUUUAUAAAUUAACUUUUUUAGACUUA